AUGGCCGACAUUAACGUUGAUGUCCUCGUUAUUGGCAUGGGACCUACUGGUCUCGGUGCUGCCAAGCGUCUCAACCACAUUAACGGCCCUUCAUGGCUGAUUGUCGAUUCCUCUGACAAGGCUGGUGGUCUUGCUGGCACUGACACCACCCCCGAGGGUUUCCUGUACGACGUCGGUGGCCACGUUAUUUUCUCCCACUACAAGUACUUCGACGACUGCAUCGACGAAGCCCUCCCCAAGGACGAUGACUGGUACACCCACCAGCGAAUCUCCUACGUUCGCUACAAGGGCCUUUGGGUUCCUUACCCCUUCCAGAACAAUAUUUCCAUGCUUCCCAAGGAGGACCAGGUCAGCUGUAUCGAGGGCAUUAUCGAUUCUGCUCUUGAGUGCCGUGUUGCCAACACCAAGCCCAAGGAUUUUGAUGAGUGGAUUGUCCGUAUGAUGGGUGAGGGCAUUGCCAACAUUUUCAUGCGACCUUACAACUACAAGGUCUGGGCCGUCCCUACUACCAAGAUGCAAUGCCAGUGGCUCGGUGAGCGUGUCGCUGCCCCCGAUGCUAAGCUCGUUACCAAGAACGUUAUCCUCAACAAGGUCGCUGGUAACUGGGGCCCCAACGCUACUUUCCGAUUCCCCGCCCGUGAUGGUACCGGUGGUAUCUGGAUUGCCGUCGCUGAGACCAUUCCCAAGGAGAAGAAGCGAUUCGGCAAGCAGGGUGAGGUCACCAAGAUCGACGCAGAGAAGAAGAUUGCCUACUUCGCCGAUGGCAGCACCAUCGGUUAUAACAAGCUCAUCAACACCAUGGCCGUUGAUCACCUCGCCGAGAAGCUCGGUAACCAGGAGCUUGUCAGCCUCACCAAGCAGCUUUACUACUCCACUACCCAUGUUAUUGGUGUCGGUAUCCGAGGCGAGCGCCCUGAGCGCAUCGGUGACAAGUGCUGGCUAUAUUUCCCCGAGGACAACUGUCCCUUCUACCGUGCCACUAUCUUCUCCAACUACUCCCCCUACAACCAACCUCAGAAAGAUGCCAAGCUCCCCACGCUUUACCUUGCCAAUGGUGAGAAACCUGCGACUUCUGAGGCUAAGGAGGGACCUUACUGGUCUAUCAUGCUGGAGGUUUCCCAAUCUACCAUGAAACCUGUGGAUGUUGAGAACCUCCUCAAGGAUAGCAUCCAGGGUCUCAUCAACACCGAGAUGAUCAAGCCCGAGGACGAGAUUGUCUCUACUUACCACCGUGCUUUCGACCAUGGUUACCCCACCCCCACCCUUGAGCGUGAGGGCGUCCUCAAGCAGGUCCUCCCCAAGCUCGAGGCCAUGGACAUUCUCUCCCGUGGUCGAUUCGGCAGCUGGCGAUACGAGGUCGGUAACCAGGACCACUCCUUCAUGCUCGGUGUUGAGGCAGUCGAUGCCAUCCACAGCGGUGCCGUCGAGCUGACACUCAACUAUCCUGACUUUGUCAACUCCCGCCAGAACACUGAGCGACGCCUCACUCAGAACUUCAUUGUGGCUCCUCCUCAGACCAACGGCACCAAGGAGAUUCCAAGCCACUCCAAGGCCCAGUAA